CACCACAGAGCCGCCAAGGCCGCUGCGCCCCAACUAAGGGCCGCUAACUGCACUGACAGCCAUAGAUCUCACCUGCAACAUUGAUUCAUCUGAUUAAUCUGACCAUCCAGAUGAUGGCCGGCUCUGACUUUUGAAAGUCGCCAUUCCUUUCUCUUUUUCUUUUCAUUCUCUUCUUGGCCGCACUCCUAACAUCGUUUGCGGAAUUCUUCCUGACCGGCUUGCAACCCGUGCUCAGAUCGCAUCCCAUCGCUCAUUACGAUCGCGCCGAAUCCCCGCGUUACAGACACACUACCUAUCCAUUGGCCUCUAUUUUUUAUGGUAUCAUCGCCAGUCCGUUAGCAAGGCUUUGAGCCAACAUGAAGCUUGGCUACAGUUGGUUCGCCGCUGUUUUCAGUGCGACCGCAGUCUUUCUCCAAAGUGUCCACGCCAACUCACAAGCUCCACUACCCAUUCGGUACACUUCCGAUCUGGAAGAUGUAGUCAUCCAUACGCCGUCUCACAGAGUACACUCUCACUCAAAAUUUGAUGUCACAUUCUCCCUUCACAACGGCGUGCAGCGUGUCAAGUUAAAGCUGGAGCCUAACCAUGAUGUGUUGCCGGAGGAUGCUCAGAUUGGCUAUCUCAACCCCGACGGCAGUAUCAGCGAUUCCGAACCAAUUGAUCGCAGGGAGCAUCGAGUCUUUAAGGGAUCAUCAUGGACCGAGGUGGAACCAGGACACUGGACACAUGCCGGCUGGGCACGCGUCUACGUCAAACAGGAUGGUCCCCAGCCCAUGUUCGAAGGGGCUUUUAGUAUUAUGCACGAUUAUCAUAAUAUAAAACUGCGGUCCAAUUACAUGCGUACAUGGCGACCGUCCGAUCAUUUGCCAGAGGAAAGAGACGAAGAUUAUAUGGUAGUCUUUCGAAAUUCUGACAUGGGGGCCGUCGAGCACACUGAAUUGAAACGGCGAUCCGUCGCUGAUGCUUCUUGCCAGUCAGAUAAACUGGAUUUUAACACGGAUCCUAACCACCCCGUGUUUCGGCCACCACAGUCGCCUAAUUACGGUGCCAUGUCUUUAGACCAGAUGUUUGGGUUGUCUCGUCGACAGUCCGAUACUGGGGGUGUCGGUGGUAAUACUGGAGGGAUCAACUUAGCAUCAACUAUUGGCAACACAGCAGGCUGCCCAUCUACUAAGAGGGUGGCGCUGAUCGGCGUUGUAACUGACUGCGCGUAUACCAAAACUUUCAGUUCAAAAGAAGCUGCGCAAUCAGAUAUCAUUCAAAUGGUCAACACGGCGUCUACUCUAUAUGAGAACACCUUUAAUAUCUCACUCGGUUUGAAAAAUUUGAUCGUCAACAAUAACGACAGCUGCAGCACCACAUCAACCGCAACGCCAUGGAACACUGACUGUAGCUCGGGAAAUAAUAUCACGACCAGACUGAAUGACUUCACAGUGUGGCGUGGUGAGCAGAAUGACACAAAUGCUUACUGGACCCUAAUGAGUGACUGUGCAACGGGAGGUGAAGUGGGUGUCUCGUGGCUUGGACAACUUUGUGUGCAUGGAGGAAACAAUGCGACUGUGGCAGGAGCAAAUGUCGUUGUGAGAACAUCUACUGAAUGGCAGGUUUUUGCCCACGAGUCCGGCCACACAUUUGGCGCAGUCCAUGAUUGUGACAGUCAGACAUGCGGACAGGGACUUCAAAAGACUUCACAAUGCUGUCCCUUGACUUCGACAACCUGCGAUGCUAACGGCAAAUAUAUCAUGAACCCAACGACAAGUGCGGAUCUCGAAAACUUCUCGCAGUGCACAAUUGGCAACAUCUGCUCGGCGAUAGGCCGGAGUAGCGUCCAAUCGAACUGUCUGGUGGAUAAUAAAGGUGUUGUCACCACAACCGGUAGUGAAUGUGGCAACGGCAUUGUCGAGAGCGGAGAAGAUUGCGACUGUGGUGGAACUCAAGGCUGCGGGAACAAUAAUUGCUGCGAUGCCACUACCUGCAAAUAUAAAAACAACGCCGUUUGCGACGAUUCCAACGAAUCCUGCUGUACCAACUGCCAGUUUUCGGCCGUCAAUACCACCUGCCGCGCUGCUUCUGGCCCUUGCGAUAUCGCCGAAGUCUGUUCAGGUACCUCAGGAGACUGUCCUGCAGACCAGCAUAAAUCAGAUGGCACGAGCUGCACAAGUGGUAACAACACCGGCCUUGCAUGUGCCAGCGGACAAUGUACAAGCCGUGAUCUUCAAUGCCGCACCGUUCUCGGCGCUGUCCUGGGUAGUAACGACACGUACGCCUGUGAUAAUUCCGCGUGUACUCUUUACUGUGCCUCCUCUGUGCUACCUUCCAACGAAUGCGGCAGCAUGCAGCAAAACUUCCUCGACGGGACUCCCUGCAACGGGAACGGUCAUUGCAGUAACGGGAAUUGCGUUGGUUCAUCAGUCGGCGGCCAAAUCAAGUCCUGGAUAGAUGACCACAAGUCUCUGGUCAUCGGCCUCGCCGCUGGUCUCGGUGGAUUACUUUUGCUCGUAAUUCUUUCUUGUAUUAUUUCGUCUUGUCGACGACGCAGGUAUCGAAAAGCCAACCCGCCUCCGCCACCAGGUGCUUACCGUGGAGGAGGACGUGGAGGAUGGGCAGGACCCAUACCUCAAGGACCACCAAGAAGUAUGCAACAGGCUCCAUCACAACCACAACAAGCAGGGUAUGGAUAUCCUCCACCUGCGUAUCCGCCACCAACAUAUGGUGAACAUGUUCCUAUAACGCAACCACGAUACGCCUAACGACUAUUUCUAUAAUGCUUCCUUCUUGCAUUUAUCUCCCUGACUUUCUCUGUUUUGGGAUUCUUUUUUAUUCUCAUAUUUACGUUGAGGAAUUUUCAUAUCCAUAUAUUUGGUCCGUUUUGUUAGGCUCUAAGUGGAAUAGAGUACCAUGUAGGCAUCUAGGUUAGGUAGUGAUAUAUACAGUUAACGUUACGGC